AUGGCUCGCACGAUUUCGUACAACACAAGCGACGUCUUCACGGACACGGCGUUCACCGGAAACCAACUCGCGAUCCUUCAUGUUCCAAACGGCUUUUCCCUCUCACAGGAAGAAAAGCAAAAGAUCGCGAUAGAAUUCAACUAUUCAGAGAGCGUCUUCCUGCACCAACCUUCUCCCGAUGCCGCCGCCGCCACCUACGGGGUAGAUAUAUUCACGCCAGAGUCUGAAAUUCCAUUUGCGGGCCAUCCAACGAUCGGCACCGCCUCGUACAUAUUUCAGAACCUGGAAAAGCAGCGUGAUGACAUCUCCAUUAUUUUGAAGGCAGGCACUGUAAAAGCAACGUUCGAUCGAAACACCGCCAGAGCUGCAGCGGAAAUUCCACAUGAUUUCCGUCAACAUGCGACAAGGCUUCCAUGGGACAGAGUGGUUGCAUCUCAACCACAGUUGUUGUCCGAAAUCUUCAAGGAUGCAACGAUUCCCCUUGUGUCCAUCGUCAAGGGUGUGACUUUUGGACUGAUCGAUCUUGCACAGCAGCCUGAACUAUUGGACAGGGUGAUGGUGACCAAUAUCGACAUACCACGGAUGAAAGACUUGGAUAAUGGCUGGGACCACGGCUUGAUUGCCGAUCUGUUCUACGUCAAGAAGCCCGAUGCCGGCGACGGAGUGCUCAGAGUCCAGCAAAGAAUGAUCGGGAUAGGGUUAGAAGAUGCAGCGACUGGUGCGGCAAGUGCGGCGCUGAGCGCGUACCUGGCCUUGCUUGAGGGAGGAUCCGGCGCGAAAUAUUUCUUCGAGCUGGAACAGGGCGUUCAGAUGGGCCGGCGGAGUAUUAUCGGUUGCGAAGUCGCUUUGGAUGCAGACGGGAAGAGGGUCAAAACCAUCAUUCUAUCCGGACAAGCUAGAGCGGUUAUGAAAGGGGAGUUGACCAUA